AUGUCUGGUAAGUCGGCCCUAUUCGCUUUGGCUAUUCACCCCAUUUCCCCAGAGUCUGUCGCCCACGCCCGACCCUCCGUGAUCCGUGUUCUACCCCAGAUUUCGCCUAAGCAAUCAGAAGUUGUGGAAUUGCUGCUGACUGAGAGAUCUGGGGUUGGCGAUGUGGAAUCUACUUGCAAAAAGCAACAUCUCAAAUGCGCGUGGAGCACAGAUGACGAUGCGUCUCCAUCUUCUGCUCGGCCCGACGUCUACUUGAAAUCAUGUAUUCGAUGCAGAGCAACUGGCAAGGACUGUAUUCCGGCCCCCGCAAUUCGAUUCAAGCAUGCCACUGAUUGCGACAUUGGUGAAGCAAGAGUCAAGAUUUACGCAAAGCGGAACCGAGAUAAUGGUCUCGCCCGCCCCGUUUACGACUACAAUACGUUGACGCCGAGCGCUACGGAGCAGACGUGGGUGCCCUAUCCGCGGCGAUGUAAGUUUAUCAGUCCCACCUCCAAGACCUUGCAAGUUGGAGAAGUUGGGGAAAAUGAGGAGGAGAUCUACGAGCAAAAACGGCGAGAAAUGCCUUUACACUUUGUCGAUGAAACCCAGGAACUUGAGGCUCUUUAUUGGUCUGAACACGGCAGUCUGCCGCCGCAACCACAAGCGCAACUGCAACUCCAUCCACCGGCAGCACUACAGCCGCAGCUUGCACCGGCGGAGGGUCGGCGGGUACCACUGCCAGCGACACAUCCUGAUCCUGGCUCAUCAUUAUCAUCAUCCGCGCUGUUAGUGGAUCUAGAACAACAACGACGCCGAGAACAACGGCAACCCGAUGACGCCGCAUCCGCAUCCCCAGCUCCCAUCAUCGACUCGCAUAGCCGAGAUUAUCGUGAUGCCCGGCUUCUAGUCCCGAGUCCUCACAGCCAACCCGCCUCUACGCCGGCUGCGAGUUGGAGAGAGGUGCAGGUGCAGACACCAACAACUUUGCCAUCUGUUUACAGCGCUAUUCCAUCUGGGUCAACUCUCGGACUAGCCAAUUUUGAGCAUCAUGACGAUGUCGUGUUUCCUUUCACGCAGCCUCAUGAGGUGAGGUUGAUGAAGUACUAUCUAGAGUACAUGUGCACCUGGUUCGAUCUAUGCGACGCAAGACGGCACUUUGCAAUCGUCGUUCCCCGAAGAGCAACAACAUGUCCAACCCUCCUCAACGCAAUCUUCGCCCUCUCCUCCCGCCACCUCAGCCUCCAUGAACAGUAUGACCCCUACGCCUCGGACCGCUACCACCAAGAAUGCCUCAAACACCUCACUACCAUCUCAAACGACUCGUCGGCCCUCACGAACGAUGACCUCCUCGCGGCGACAAUCCUCCUCCGCACCCUUGAAGAGCUCGAUGUCCCGCUCAUAGGAACAGACCACGAGGGCCAUCUUCUCGGCAUCCAGCUCUUCAUGAACACGCAAAACGCAUCCGCCCUCGACCCGCCGAGCUCCCUCCGACAGGCUUCGUUCUGGGUAGGCCUCCGGCAGGAAAUUACCAUGGCGUUUGCGACGCAGCGGCCGAUCAAGGUCAAGCUCGACCACCUCUUCAUUGACCGGUCCUUUUCGCCGGCUGAUGACGAUUGCUGGGCGAAUCGCAUCGUCGUGCACUGCGCCGAGGUGGUGCAGUUUUGUUUUGGCGAGGUGGAGAACCGCAAGAGUGAGUAUCAGCGGCUGGUUGAGUAUGACUAUAAUUGGCUACGCGCGAGGCCGCUUUCUUGGCUGCCUAUCGCGUACUCUGAGCCGGACCUUGCUUCAGGCUUGGUGUUUCCGCAAAUCUUUUACAUUAAUCAUGCAGUCGUGAUCGGAAAUGUGCAUGGGGCGUUGGCACGAGCGCUCUUGAUGUGCCACGACGAGAGCAUUCCCAAGAUAGGACCUAGUCGAAUCCGAGCUCGAAAAAAGCUAGAUAACGACAUUCGUAUGCAAGUCCGAGAACUAUGUGGCGCCGCGCUAUCAAACAAGCAGACGAUACCAGCCAUGUUCACGGCCUGUAUGGGUGUCACGGCGUGCGGGGACAGGUUCGUCGAAUAUGCCGAGCAAAAAGCACUAUUGGAUAUUUUAGUCAAGACGGAUGUUGAGCACAUGUGGCCCACUGCUUCGGCACAGUCACACUUGAAGAGGGCGUGGGGUAAUACCACGUUGAUGUUUUUUGUGUCUUUAGUCACAGCACGUUACAUGAAAAGUUCGGGAUUAGGAUUCCGAAAAUUGCCCGUAGGGCAUGACCAGUUCUGGAACGCACACUUGUCGGCUACCCCAGGAGAAAGUGGGCUGUCUUACACCGGUUGCAAGCCAAGUUUCGAGAUGCCUCAAAGCUUUCUUACAGCUCAGCAUUGCUGCAAGUUCACGUGGGCUCCUCGACGCGUCUUGACUCCUGAGCGCGCUUUUGUGGGAUUCCGACAUGCGCUUCCACUUUCCCACUGGUCAAUUGGCAUGAGAUGGUCCCCUCAACGGCGUCAGAGGUGCCCCGCGAUGGAGCUCUUUAUUCGUGUCGGGAAAUGGUUUCCGAUAGAGCUCCGAGGACGAGCUAUGUUAAGCCGUCCUCGGUACCUUUCGACUCCUCCCAGGUCGUACAUUUGCGCCAAUUGUCUUAGACUAGAGAGGAGAAGCAUCCCACCGGUCCUCGUCACCGCCAUUAUUCAUAGACAUAGACAUAGACCGCAAUCCACCCUCCUCACGAUCACAAGUCAAACCCUGAACACCGGACUACACUACGACCACCUCAGUAAUCACCACACGAAACGUCACCAGAACCGCAAAGAAAGCAAAAUGUCAACCAAGAAGCUCUCAGUAGGCGUCGCAGGCCUCGGCCGCAUGGGCAAGCGCCACGCUCUCAACUUCCACCAAAAUGUGCCCCGCGCGACCCUCGUGGCCGUCAGCUCGCCCGACGCUGGCGAGCGCCAAUGGGCCGCCGAGAACCUCGCCCCCCACGGCGUCACCGUCUACGAGUCCUACGACGACAUGCUCGCCCACAAAGGCCUAGAGGCCAUCUGCGUGGCGUCCGCGACCUCUGUCCACGCCGAGCAAGCCAACAAGGCCAUUGAGAAGGGCAAGCACGUCUUGUGCGAGAAGCCAUUGGGCACCACUGUUGAAGUUUCACAAACCGUCGUCGACACAGCCGCAAAACGCCCAGAUCUCAAAGUAAUGUGCGGUUUCUCCCGCCGCUUCGACGCCUCCUACCGCGACGCCCACGCAAAGAUGCAACAAGGCCUCAUCGGCCGCCCCGCCAUCCUCCGCAGCCAGACCUGCGACGUCCUCGACCCCUCAGGCUUCUUCGUCGCCUACGCCCAGUUCUCGGGCGGCAUCUUUGUCGACUGCAGUAUCCACGACAUUGACCUCGCGCUCUGGUUUUUUGACGAGGAGACCACCAAGGUCAAGUCCGUCCACGCCGUGGGCAUCACAGCCGUCGAACCGGACUUGCGGAAGCACAACGAUCGCGACAACGCUGUUGGCACGGUCGAGUUUUACGAUGGGCGCAUCGCGUAUCUGUAUGCUUCGCGCAUGAUGGCCGCGGGCCAGGAGGAUUCAACGGAGAUUAUUGGUACCAAGGGCAAGUUGUCCGUCAACCUGUUGCCGGCGGAGAACCAUGUAAAGAUUUACACACCGGGAGGCAUCCGGCAAGAGCUGCCGCAAACGUACUGGGAUCGGUUCAGGGCUGCUUUCACGACCGAGGCGAUUGAGUUUACCGAGAGUGUGUUGGAGGAUAAGCCUGUGCCGAUCAAGUUGACUUCAGCAGUGGCUGCUGUCAAGAUCGGUGCGGCAUUGCAGGAGUCAAUGAUCAAGGGAACCAAGAUCUGGUUUGACGAGCAGGGCAACCGGACGGAGAAGGCCCAAUUUCUGUAUCAUGCCAUGCCUUCCGUGAUGGCCGCUACUACAUUCACUUGCUUCUUCCAUCAUCAUCCCCUCUGA